AUGGUCGGUCUUGAUGCUGCUGGAAAGACCACGAUCUUGUACAAACUGAAGCUGGGAGAAAUUGUAACCACGAUUCCUACUAUUGGUGCGUUUUUCACUAAAGUUUUCCGUUCUAAAAUGCUCCUCGUUUGUAGAUUCAACGUGGAAACUGUCGAGUACAAAAAUAUUUCGUUCACCGUCUGGGAUGUUGGAGGUCAAGAUAAGAUUAGACCAUUGUGGAGGCAUUACUUCCAAAAUACGCAAGGUCUCAUCUUUGUGACACUAGACGAUGUGGUCGAUUCCAAUGAUCGUGAACGUAUCGAAGAGUCACGGGAAGAACUUCACAAGAUGCUGAACGAGGACGAGUUGAGGGACGCUACUCUUCUUGUAUUCGCUAACAAACAGGAUCUCCCUAAUGCAAUGAGCGCCGCUGAAUUGACGGAUAAACUUGGACUGCACAAUCUGCGUUCACGACAGUGGUACAUCCAGGCGACAUGCGCUACUCAGGGUCACGGACUUUACGAGGGCUUGGACUGGUUAUCCAACCAGCUGUCGAAAUCCUAA